AUGUCUUUUUUUUUCGCCCGAACAGGGGGUCGAACCACGUUAAUUGUAUUUUCUGAAGUCCAGUGAAGUCACCAACCCUGGACCCUCAGAUUAAGAGUUUGAUGCUUUACCGACUGAGCUAUCCCCACCUACAGGAUCUAACUAUGUCAGAUACGUGAAAAACCUCAAAAUAUACUGGGAAAAAUUCAACUUCCAUAAAUCAACCAUACAGUGCUUCCGCUGCCAAAUUCACGGUCACACCUCAUUCAGUUCCAACAAGAAACCAGUUUGACGCUCAAAUGCGCUGGUUAGCAUGACUAAGAUUCUGUAAGAAAAAACACCUGAAACUUCCCCAACAUGCGCUAACUGUAAAGACGCGCACCCUGCUAAUUACUCCAAGUGCCCAGUCCUACUAGCCUUCUUGGCAAAAAAGACUACUAGCACCGUGAAAACUCAACACACGCAGCAACUCCCUCACUUCACUUCCAAAUCUUCACUUCCCCUCAUCUUCCUUAGACAAACUACAAAAUAA